UUAUAGUGCGGCCCAUCAGCUGUUGCCAUUAUUUAAGUUACGCGUGCUUCAGUUUUCCCUUCAGCUCUGUAUAUUUUGUAAAUUAUUAAUAGAAACAUGCUGAAAAACCUAGUGCAUUGGCGAGCAGGCAAAUUCCUGCUAAAUGGAGUCUCGACAGCUGGAGCGAAGCGCUGCUUAUGUGCUCCAUUUAAAACAGAGACACAUGAAAGUGCCGCCCUGGGGGAUGCAGAGCCGGCAAUUAGGAAACAUGUGAAUCCCUUUGCACAAACCACAGCAACACCACUGCCAGAUAAUGGAGUAACUGAAUCUAAAGAAGAACGCGAUAAGAGGCUGAAGGUGUUGCAGCUGGAAGCAGACAUAGCGCAUCAGGAGGGACGCCGCGUGCCAGCCUUAGACUUCUUCAAGGAACACCACUGGGCGCACGUGCUGACACUUCCAACCAAAUCGGCACGAAUCAAAUACUAUGCAUUUCUUUGGCAAAUCGAAAUGAAAAAAGAGUCGGAGCAACGGAAAAAGUUGCUGCGCGCCGAGGGCACCGAACGCCGCAUAGCCGAGAUGCGCAAGGAGCGUGAGGAGAACACACAUAUCAUCUAUGGACUGGCCCACACAUCCAUGUUCCUGCGCAUCUACGACUCGACCAUCAACCAUUGGCAGAACAAUCGGCUGACACGGGCCAUGCAAUUCGCGCCCAAAAUUGUGCUCGACUGCUCCUACGAUGCGCACAUGACCAAUCGGGAAGCCUCGUAUGCCGCCAAGCAGUUAAUGCUGUGCUUUGCCGAGAAUCGUGCCCAUGACGAGCCCUUCGAUCUGCACUACUGCAAUGCUAAUUUCGGGGGGCGCUGCAUGCAGAGUCUUGAGCGUUACAUACCAACAAUGCACAAUCCCGAAUUUCCCAUGAAUGUGCACAGCGAGUGCUUCACGAAGCUGUUUCCCAAGCAGCAAUUGGUCUACCUGACGCCGCACUGUCGUGAGGAUUUGGUCACGUACAAUCCGGAUGAUAUUUAUAUAGUGGGCGCCAUGGUGGACACCGUGAACAAUGAGCCCCUGUCACUGGCCAAGGCCAAGCGCUUGGGUCUGCGCAUGGCACGCCUUCCCUUAGAUCAGUACCUGCAAUGGGGAUCGGGCUCCGGCAAGUCGCUAACCCUUAACCAAAUGAUUACCAUCAUGCUGGACCUAAAGAAAACCGGUGACUGGAAUGCGGCGCUGCAGCAUGUGCCACGUCGCAAGAUCAUCGACCUGGGCGCGGAACAAGCGCAGGGUCGCCAAGCGCUCAAUAGGCGCGCCAACAAGCUCAACGUGCGCAUCGAUCAUCUGCUCAAGUACGAAAACAAUCGAUCCGAGUCCACGGCGUUUGCCACGCCCCAAAAGGUGCGCCAGCACAAGGAAGGGCUGGACUUUAAUUUGGACAGCUGGGCAACGGGCAAAAAGAAAACGAGUCGAAACAAGUGCGAGGGCGGAGCUUAAGCAAAACAUGCCUGAAGUGUUGAAACAGAACUGAGGAACUGGAGAAACACAGCGCUUACCUCGACCGUGUGCACAGCUUUGUGGAUUGAUUCGGAUUGAUUCACUGCAUUCGCAGGAUAUUGCAAUUACAGUGCAGUUUAUUGAUUGACUUUAAUUCAAUUAAAUGACGCGAUUGAAUUGAUUAAAAACAUUGCACGGCGUGUGGCAUGUGCCACACACCAUUUGUGUUUUGUAUCAUUUUAUCGAGUUAAUCGUGCUGAUGAAAUUCUGUUGAUGGCAGUUUAUGGCGCCCAUAUGAAAUAAAUGAUAGCAUUUUAAGCGCUCCGAACGCCACGUAUCAUAUAUUCAAUUUAAGUCCCAGACAAUAACACUUCGCUGAAGAGUAAAAACUGCAAUUUAAAAAGCACUUACCUUUUAUUUUCAAUUGGUUUUCUUUAUCCGUUGUAUAAUACACAUAAGAUAUAAAUGCAUAUAGAAUAUCGAGAAAGCUACGCAUACAAUUAGCAUACUUUAUUCAGAAAAUAAAACUAGCUACUCAUAACUACCCUGCAGGAUAUAUUUAAAGUGGCUAACAACGAAAAAUGUA